AAGCCUCCCCAUAGACACCGAGUCAUUGGUUUUGUGGAUGGCUUCCUCCGAGGUAGACCAGAAGGCCUUGGGCAACUUUGCGGCCACAACAAGCCUGGAGAAUCCAUUUCUGUCCGCUAUGCUCUACAAGUUACUGGGCUUGUCGGUCAUGCUUUCCAAGAAAUUGCUCCGUGCACGACGCUUACGACGUCUCGAUCCGACCCGUGAAACCAAGUCACUUCAGCUCUACUACCAUAUUAUAUGGCUUGCUCGCGAAGGUCUCCUCAUUUUAGAGCAAUGCGUUCUUCCGCGUGUACAGGUGUAUGUGGAACUGAAUAUUCUCGCUUUUAAGCUGAGGGCUUCUUUCUACCACAUUUUUGUAUUGUUUCAUAACCAACCUGCCAUUCAUGCACCGGGUAUCGACAAUCUGCCGAACAAUGCAACCUUCUCCAACAGCACUGCAAAAGCAGAUCUGGCAAACAAGCCUCCAGAAUUGAGGUACUCGUUCCAGCCAAGACCCGAAACGAUUUCAGUCUCCGAUGCAUCGGCUGCAGUCCCAGACAAUGCGCUGCGGCGCAGAGUCACACAGGCUCCUCCAGGCCUUGCUCCAAUUCAGCCGCCCAAGUCAAUGUCGGCUUUCCUCCUACCAGCGAUUGAUUACACCAAGACGGCUACGCAAUGCUUCGACUAUGCGGUACUGUUGGCGGAACGCGUUCUUCCGGGUUCGCAUCCUCUGCGGCUAUCGAUCAAGCUCGAGUAUGCCGCCUACCUCUAUGACUGCCUCCAUGACCCACUUGCCUGUCGACGAGUAGCGAAAAAGGCCAUCGCGGAUGUGUACAAUGCGAAGGAGGGUAUGGAUGAUGAGAGUUUUGAGGAUGCCGCGGAGAUCGUUGGGAUACUAGGCAAGAUGGUCAAACGUGUAAGGAAGGCGAGCACAGCAGGCAGUACGACUGUCGCUGAGACACCCAGAGAUGAACAGUCCGGAAGCGACGGAUCCCGCACGCCGUCUUCUCGAACGACAGCCUUCUCUAGAGCCGCACCUUCAGUGAAACCGACGAGCGCUGAAUCCCUGCCGCCUGCCGUGCCUGAUCCGACAAUGGUAAACCCUAUUUGAUCUCUGUUCUGAUAAACUUGGACCUCUCCGUUCUUGUUGUAUACGUACUCAUGAUCUGUAUAUACUUGUUCCAUGUGUUGGUUUAGAUUCGAUCGGUACUGGGGAGGCUUAUCUGCUGUUACGCUAAGUUAUUUUUAUUUCUA